UGGUCCUUAGGGGAAGUAAAAAGAAAUCAGUUUUCCUCGUUAAUUUUGUAUUAAACAAUCUUACAUUUCCUGGUGUUUUUCGCGAUUGAAUCUCGGUAUCGGUUUAUUUUUCGUUGUGCAAAAAAUCCACAUGGAUAACGGUGACUCACAAUGCGAUGACGUGAGUUCCAUCGAUUCUGGGGAUGAGUCCGGUUCCGUAGCGAAUGUGUGCCACGAGGCUAUCAAGCUUCUUCGCUUCGAGUUAUCAGAAAUGGAAAAUGAGGUGGCGCAGCUCGACCAGAAGAAAAUUAGAAUGACAGAGCAAAUUGACCAGAAGAAGAAAGUACUUCGAAAGCGUAUCAAUAAAAAGGAAAAAAUACGAGAUAAACUACAGAAGCUUUUGGAAGAAAACGUGAUGGAAGUUGACGUUGGGGGCUCAGAUUCUUCACAACCUCAGCCAAGUGGUUCCAGCGGUUAGUUUCAAAUAGACUAAAAUAUAGAUUAACUGUUUAUUUCGAUUUUAUUUCUUACUAGUCUCAAAGCCCGCCCAGCGGGCUCCCAAUGCAGAGCUUAUUUUGCAACCAUGUAUGGAGUCGAUGUUUUAACAGCCUAUAUAACUCUAAAAUUUAAUAUUGCCUUAGGGAUUUCGUCUGUCCCUUCUACUAUGCCUUCGGAUUUACUCACAAUUCUCAUUUUUACAUUCUAUUGUAAAUGUCAGAUCUAAGGAAAUCGGGUUCAAAUUUAAAACUGGGCCGCGUGCGACCCUUCGGCAGGGUACUGGUGAGAUUUUUUAUGAGACAAAAUAAGGGCCGUAAACUGAAGGGAAUAAAUGUGGUUUGUGCGAAAUAAAGAAUGGAAUAUGGGCCAGUGCAUACGGCACUAUCUGCAUAUUCACACGGUGGUGGUGGUGGGCGUACUCCAAAAAAUUUAAGCAGUCCGAUUUGUUUAAAUCUGACAUUUACCAUAGCUCCAUCAAAUGAAAAGUAGUGAAUAUUCGAUUUAUAAUUUUACUUUUAUAAUUUUACUGAUGUUGGACGACAAUUGCACAACAUAAAUUCUUCAAAUAUCGAUAGGUGGCACUAAAUUGAGCACUUUGUGAAAAUGGGGCAAUGUGAACCCGGCCGCUAAAUUCAAACCUGUACUAUAGUCAGGUCGAACAUUUCCAGACUUGUCCAAUCCUGUUUACGUAUGCCAGCCAUAGGCAAACGUUUACGUAUGCCAGCCAUAGGCAAACGUUUACGUAUGCCAAUUUCAUUCAAGAAACGUUUAUAGAUCAACACGUGUAUAUAAGCCUGUAAGCUUUUGCCAACUCCGUACAGUCGACGACUAAACUCAGACGAAGUUGGAUCUCCUUAAAUUUUAUAACUCAGGGAUUAUAUUGCAUCCUAGUGUACGACGCAAUUCUAGUGAUCAGCUCCGAGUUUUACUUCAUUGGAACAGCAGAAAAUGUCUUUUGAAUCCCUGGGAACGUUCGCACCUGGUGCCGUAGGAAUUUUCGACCCCAAAGCCCCAAGGGAAUUGAAGGGCCCUCAUGAUCGACACUGUGUUGAAUGUGGAUUGGUCAUCUACAGGCAGGCCAAGGAGCGUCUAGACAAAUGCCCGUACAAAACAUGCAAGGCGCCGAUGAUGUUGCGUGAUGGCUUUGAUGCGAACAGCAAAUGGGGGAGAUGCCGAAUUUGUGAUUCUUUCAUCCACAGCUUUAUGAGCUUUUGCCAAUCGUGUGGUACCUCCAACACUGCUGGAAUAAACAGAAAACGGCGCUUAGAGAAAAUUGAGCAGAACCGAUUGGAGGCCGAAGUCAAGAAAGCUCGGAUGGAGUUGCAAGAUCCAGACUUUCUUCUGUGGAAGGCUGAGAAAGCUGCCAGAGAAGAGGAAGUUUUGCUGGCUGCUGCUGCUGCUGUUUCAGAAAAUAAUCCCGCCCUAAUGGACACAGAUGAGAAGGUAGGCGAAAAUGAAAAAACAGGAGAAGGAACAGGAGAGGAAAAAGUAGUAGAUGGAAAAGCGGAUGAAUGGAAGAAAGUCGCAGAAACGGAGACAGCAAGGAAAAUAGAAGAGUCAGCAGAAGAUCAUGGAUCAGUGAAAGGGACGCACUAAUUUGUCAAUUAUAUUUAAUAAUUUUGCAUUUAAAUUCACUCUUAUAGUUUAAUUAUUUCCAUUAAAAUAAUUCAUCUUAAGAUCACAACUUUUGUACUAUUAACUAUCGACUUCAUAAGCCCAACAUUACAGUU